AUUUUUAUCAUAGAAAUAGUAUACAUAUAAGAAAAUCAAAAUAUUAUUAUUAAACAGGAAAAUAUUAAAUUACUUUAAAUCCCAAAACUCAAAGACUGAAUGGUGACUAAAGAACGAGGAGUAAUAUUCAAUUAUUUAUCAUUCCUAAAAAAAAUCAUGAUUCACAAAGAAUAAUUUUUCCCUCUCAUUCAUUUUCUUUGUAGAGAAAUAAAGAACAAAAUUAUUUUUUUGUUAAAUUUAAGAAAGAACAAUCAUUCUGUUUUAUUCCUACUAUUUUAUUCAUAUACGUUCAUUUCUUAUUUGUUCAUCUUCUUCUCUGAAACGUCACUAGAAUCAUCUCUUAAAUAUUAAAUCCUACAUCCUAAUCACCAAAUCCAGAUGUAAAUAUAUUUAUUGUAAAUUUAUUAAAAAAAUAAAAAAAAUUUAAUAUAUUGAUUUAAUUAUUUAGUUAUAAAUAGAUAUAUAAUAUUUUGAAAUAUGUAAUUUUGGAAUAAAUAUUUUUUUAGUACUAUUUGAAGAUAUUUCUAUAAUAUUUUAUUUAUUAUUAUAAUUAAGUACCUUUAAGAAGAUAAUUUUUUGACUGAUAUAAACGAAAAUAGUAAUUCUUACUAUAAAUAAAUUUUAUAGACGAAUUGAUAUUAUUUUUCUCUGUAACAAAGUUAAGAAGGAAAAAGGUUGUUAAGGUUUUUCACAACUGCUUCUGAGUAGGUCUGGGCAUUGUAUUCGGAACUGAAAUGUCAAACCGGACACGAUUUAAAAUUAUCCGAUCCAAAUCCAAACCAAACAUUUAUAAGUACUUAGUUGGGUCUAAAAUUUAUCUACUCGAAAAUCAGAACCGGAAAUAAUUGAUUCAAAUAGACCCAAACCUGAAAAGAACCGAGCCGAAUAAAUUCGAGCCCAUAAGAACCGAUUUAUACCCGACAAAAAACAUGAAUAUCUAACACUAUGACUCUGUGUAUUCUAUUUUAUAUUUUUAAUAUAUGAUUUAGUUGUAAUAUAAUUUUUUUAAAAAUAUUUAUUAUUAUUUUAUAAUAUUUCAAGUAAUAGAAAUUUUUAAAUUUCAAAUUUAAAGUUUUAAAAAUAUUUAAUUUCAUUUCAUUUUUUAUUAUUAUUUUUUGUUAUUUUGCAAAAUUUUAGAUAAAUAUAAUGGAUUUCAGAUAGAAUUUGAUGAAGUUUGGGUACUUUGAGUUUUUUCGGUUUUAAAUACCUGAAUUUGAUCCGGAUGCUACGGAUCCAAAAUUACAAGUAUUUUAAUUAUUGACCAAACUGAUAUGAACCCGAAAAAAACCCAGUACUUAACUGAUGUCUAGGAUCAAAAGGCCGGGGUCUAAAAGGAACCCGAUUCUAAACUGAAAACUGAGCAAAGAAAACAGCAAGGUUGUGAUUGAACAGUUUUCAGUUUUCACAUAAAAAUAUAGGAACGGCAAAAAUAAAACGCAUUAAAACUACUGUUAUGAGGGUUAUGGGUUAGUGAGCCGGCCUUUGUUGCCCACUAAAAAAAAAAGAAAAGGUUUGUUAAACAGAGAAAAUAGUAAUAAUAAGGCUUGGGCUUUCUGGAUUUUAGGGUUUGUUUAAUCUCCUCAACCACUGUAUAUAUAUAUAUGUACACCUUAAUUAGGGUUUGUUCAAACAUCGAUAGCUCUCAAUAGUUCCAUCGCCUCGUUUUCAUCACGUCGAUUGGUGUCAAAGCCAUGCUAAUUACUUCUCUGUCAAGGGGAAUUUUGCACGGCUCUGAUACCAAUUGAUGCAAUGAAAACAUCGAUUUCGCUUGCUUCUGUAUUGUUUCUAUGUUUCAAAUAUGAGAUUUCCAAAGAGUAAGUCAAAGCUUCUCCAUUUAACUGCUUUAGUUUCCUAACAUGGGUGUGGGUUUUAUUCAUAUUGGACUGCGUGGACAUUAUCAAGUAGCUGGCCUUUGAUCAAUUCUCUGCUCAAGAACAGUAUGAUGUGCAGUUGUGGCUAACAACCCAUACCUAUAAUGGCUUAACCGGUUUUUAUCUAUUAACCUUGCUUCUUCUUAUCCGGGAAGGUGAAUUUUAAGUCAUUGAUUUGUUGCAUUCAUUUGUAUGACAUUCAACAAUAAUUUUGAAAAAGUAGAAAUUAUACAAGAUUUUGAACCCACGUAUCAAUAUAUACAUACCUCAGGUAGUCAGGUGUAACAAUGGCUGAAUCGAAGUCACAAUCGCUUAUAUCCUUAUACACCUACUAGACAGUAUGUUCUCAAAACCUAUAAGAGGUUUUCGAAGAACUUCUUGACUUUUCUUCCAGUCUCAUGUUGUGUCUUGCAUUCUGUAAUACAAAUUAUGCAGAUGCAUAGCAAUGAACUUCAUAAAUGAACUCAGAUUUCCAUUCUUAAAGUCAUAUUCUCAAAUUUUAAAGUAUGAUCAGUCUUAAAUAUAUAUUUUUGGUCAAAAUGAUAGUGUAUUUAUUUUUAUAAACUAUACUUAACUUGUGUUGUAUGUAAAUUAAAUUUCUAUCAAUUAUAAGUGACAGUAAAUAUUACUAGAUAUGAAUUAAUGAGCAUUGUAAAUAGACUUUAGUUUUAAAAACUUGUUUGUUUUCUCUAAGUGAACAUCUUAGAAGAGGGAGAAGAAAGAUAAGAACCAAUGGCUCCCUUGCAGAACUUUGUGUUACUGGUUCUGUUAACAAUCACUCUUGGGUUGGUCACCGAAGCAGCUCAGAAACACCAAGCAAUACCAUCUGAAGAAGAGAAGAAUGAACUGGAGAGGCAACUCAAAGCUAUCAACAAACCUGCAAUCAAGAGUUUCAAGACAGAACAGGGUGACAUAUUUGACUGUAUCGAGAUUCACAAACAACUAGCCUUUGAUCACCCUCUGCUCAAAAACCAUUCUAUGAAGCCAACAACUGUACCUGAAUGGAUCACAAGCAACAACAUUCCAAGUAAAGUCGAUUCCUUGUUGCUUCUGCCAGACGGCAUAAACUGUCCAGAUGGAACAGUAAUUGUUAAAAAAACUACAAUGCAAGAUCUUCUGCAUGCACAGCGUUUGAAAUCAAUGGGGUUCAAUGGCCCAAGACAUUUUCUUACAGAGAAAAAUAACACUGAUGGAACUGGACAAUAUUACGUUGCAACGGUUAACUAUGGACCUAAAAGUUUUACUGGAGUAAAAGGGCAUCUUAACCUGUGGGAACCACAAGUCUCACAAGACCAAAUCAGUCUUGCAUUCAUAGCAGUUGCUGGAGGGCCUAAAGAACGUUUCGCCAGCAUUUUUGUUGGGUGGAUGGUGAAUCCAUCCCUGUACCAUUUCUCGCAAGAUCAUGUUCGCCUAUACACCUACUGGAAUAUAGAAGGAAGCAAUCCUGGCUGCUACGAUAUAACAUGUCCUGGAUUUGUGCAAGUCAGCAAGAACAUACCACUUGGUUCCUUUCUUCAACCACUUUCUGUCUAUAAUGGUUCACAAUAUGACAUAGACUUAACCUUGUAUCAGGAUCGUGUCAAGGGAGAUUGGUGGUUUGCAUAUAAUCAUGAGAACGUUGGAUACUGGCCAGCGUCAUUGUUCAAGGCCGCGAGAUUUGAGAACAGAGCAAAUUAUGCAUCUUGGGGAGGUCAAGUGUACAGUCCAUUGAUAGAGAAAACUCCAGAAAUGGGAAGUGGGCAUUGGCCUAGCGAGGGAUUAGGUAAAGCAGCCUAUGUGAACGAUAUCAGAAUCAUCGAUGGUAUGGGGAAUUUUUUGUAUCCAGAACCCUACAGUCUCAAGGAACACGAGACCAGUGCAAAGUGUUAUAGAGCAAUGUAUGUUCAUGAGAAUAGAGAUCCUUGGGUAAGAGCUCUUUACUAUGGAGGUCCUGCAGGAUGCAUAGGCUAAAGAUGUUUGAUCUGAAAAGUUACAAGAUAACUUUUAUGUAUAUUAUGAUUAAUAAAGUAUCAUGAAUCUUAA